AUGAGCAGCCAUCCGCGCCGGAGUGCCCGACUCUCCUCCCAUUUACAACAAGAACAAUUUCAGCAAAGGAGCGGUGGUCGUCCUACUUCCACAUUCACGAACAGCUUUUCGCAACCCUCGAGUGCCUCGACGAGUUCUCACCCAAGUCCGGUCAGCGACACUCUACAGCCUCCCCCACCGCCUCCUACCCCUCAACAGCCACAGCAUCGCAUUCAAAUACAGUCGCACUUCAUGCCUCACCAACAGCAAGGACACCCGCAUAUUCACGCCCCGUUGCCUUCGCCCUCGGCUGCGCAGAUGGGUCCUUUCUUUGGUGGCUCCUACUCCCAGCCUAGCCCAUAUACCUCCCAGCAGGUACAUGCCGGUUAUCAAACGCAGCAGCCGUUUGGCGACCAACAACCUCAGGUGCAUCAACAACAGCAACAGCAACAUCUACAUCCGCACACGAAUUCCAUGUCAAAAGAGCAUCCUGCCUACCCGCAGACAAUGAAUCCGGGCCAGUUGCCGCCUGAUUUUCUGGCCGAGGCCGCAAAACGUGCACAGAUGGCUUGUUUAAUGCGAGACUUGGGAGACGUUUCACUCUAA